UGAUCUUGUAAAAAAAUUUAAAAGUAUUGUUUCUACUAGCGUUAUUGGAACAGGGGGCACUCUUACUCUUUUUGGAAGUUUAGCAAGUCUUAAAACUCUUUUCAAGGAAAUUAGUGAUCAUAAGAAAGAUUAUGAUAACUUAGCGAAUAAUUUUCUUAGUUCUGAUGAUGAUAAAAUAGAAAUUAGUUCUUUUGCUCAGGCUAUUACAAAUUUAAUCUGUAUUCAAUUGAUGAUUCCUAGAAUGUUAGAAAUAGAGGAAUCUAUGAUGUUAGAAGUGGAAGAAUCUGUAAUGUCAAAAAUAAAACAAUCUGUGCAAGAUUCCGUAACAGGAUUUUUUGAAAGGGAAAAAUCUUGGAUAAAUUCUGUGCAAGAUUCUGUAACAAGAUCUUUUGCAAAACCGAACGAAUCGGUUGAUGAAAUUUUAAAAAAGGUAGAAGAAUUGACAAAUUUUGUGACAGUGUCUGUGAAUAAAUCUUUGAAUAAUUUUGAUAAGUCAAAGACGGAAUCUAAUAAUUCUUUGGAUAUGUCAAAGACGGAAUCUAAUAAUUCUUUGGAUAAGUCAAAGACGGAAUCUAAUAAUUCUUUGGAUAAGUCAAAGACGGAAUCUAAUAAAUCUGGAAAGCAAAAAAUGGCAAAAUUUGUGUUUAAAAGGAUUAAAAAGAUCGAGAAAAAGAUUGAGAAAAAGAUGAAUGAGGAAAAGUUUAAGAAAAAGAUUAUUGAAGAUUUAAAGAGAAUGAACAAAAACGAUAUCGAAAAAGAGAUGAUUCAUCUUUUUUACGAUUUUUAUUAUGAUUAUUAUAAUGUAGAUCUUUUUUAUAAUGAUAAAGUUAAUAUAUCUGUUAUUUUGUCAUUCUUAUUUCGUGAAAUGGGUAAAAGAUGGAAAAAAUAUAAAGAAAUUAAAGACAGAAAAAAUGAAAGAAUUAAAGACGGAGAAAAUGAAGGAACUAAAGGCGGCAGAAAAAGUUUAAAAAAAGUAUUAAUUUUCGUUGAAUGUUUGAUUUCUCAAAUAUCAACGAUUAUUAAAUUUUUAGAAAUAUUCUUUUUUAUUAUAUUCCACCUUAAUUUUUAUUUUUUGGGAAUAAUGUCAUUUCAAUUUAAUUUUAAAAAAAUUAGUAUGACAGCCAAACAAAUGGAAGGAAUCAAUCGCAUACUUUUUGGCUUACCAUUGUAUGAAAGAAAUAUGAAGAACAAGGAUCAUGCACAUGUAGAUAUUAAGAACAUGGGUCGUACAUAUAUAGAUAUUGAACCCCAACCAAAUUAUUCUGAUGACCGAUCUAUUUCAAAGAUGUCAGUGAUUGGUCAGUCAGAAUACGCCUCUGAUAAAACUGCCGCUAUUGUUGCUGGGUGGGCCCUGAUAUAUCUGUGGAAUGCAUCGGAUGACCAUCUGCCGAUUUUUUGGAUAAGUGAUAACUGCACUCCACGCAGAACUAGUUCUGUUGUCCCUCCUGCCCUAAAGCUGUGCCCUGCUAUAUCCGUUCCAGGUGCAAGGAGUUUGAGUGUGCUUAUGAACCAAUGCUUUGUGGCUGGUUCGCCAUUAGCUUUAAUGAAUAAUGCACUGCUGCCUCUGGCAUAUGUUGGUUCUGUUCUGCGAAUUAUUUGUUUGUGGGUCUUUGUUCUUGGUAGUUGUAUUGUUGCAAAGGAAUUAGUACCGGCUCUGUCAAAUCUUAAGCUUUGUAUUUUUGGUAUUUUGGCUACAUCUUGCUGA